ACCUCCUCGCAUACUUGCGGAACUUCCCCGAGACGGAUCAAGAUGCCACUGGAAGUCAUGGAGUUCUUGGGUCAAAGAUGUACAACGAAAUGCGGCUGGCUUGCGAGGUUGGGAAGAAGCGUGCGCCAGUGCCGAACGAUAGUCCAGUCUGGUGCGACAAUAGAACACAGCUCUGCGAGAGGACAUCCUGCCGUCAUUGGUGGCAUGAGGUGCAUCCGCUCAAGGCGAUGCCCCAGCCAUGGGUGGAUGACCGAAUCGAGUACGACCAGCUGAGAAACCUGUGCACGGCGAUUGAGAGGCCCAAGAUCAAUGCGGAGGACCUCGAUCGUUACCAGAAAACCACAGAGGCCCAAGCCCUUCACCUUCGCGAAGAGUUCUGCAGGCCAAAGUGGGUUGAUGGAUACUGUGAGCCAAAGUCACCGCCACGAGUACAUGCACGGUGCACCCUGCAGGAUGGACAAUUCUGCAAAAGGGGCCUCGUGAAAACCGACUCCGAUGCCGAUAUUACCUCGGAGUGGGGUGACGCCUUCAAGGUUGCCACUCUGCCGCAAUGUGCCAGCACAAAGUUUUUCGUGGUCCGUC